GCGGGCACUGCACUGCACUGGGACAGUGCCAUUGCGCGGCGAGGAGGAUGUCCGGCGUUUGAUCCAUCAUGGUCACCAUGAACUCUGACAAGUCUGCCGGGCGACGACGCAUGGAGGAAUCUGGCAACCAGACGACGGCCCAGGGAAGCGGUUCGCAGUCCUCGCAGGGCCACGGCCAGGGCGGCGGCAUGGGCGCGCUCAGGCCCCCCAGUGUCCGGGUCGCCAUGGGCUUCGGUGGCGGGGUGCCCUCCGUGGCCGAGGCCGCCCUGGCCGCAGCGGAGGCGGCCACCCCGGCAGCCGGCCACCGACCCACGCUGCUGCAGGCCAAGGAGGACAACCCCAACGCCGGCGUCUACAAAAAGAUGGAGGCCAUCAUCGAACGGAUGCAGGAUGAAAACACCGGAGUCCCCGUCAAGACCGUGAAGAGCCUCAUGGCCAAAAUACCCUCGGUGUUCACAGGUGCCGACUUAAUACAGUGGACCAUGAAGAACCUGGACAUCGACGACAUAAGCGAGGCGUUGCACCUGGGCCACCUGAUGGCGUCCCACGGCUACCUGUUCCCCAUCGACGACCACGUGCUCACCGUCAAGAACGACAACACGUUCUACAGGUUCCAGACGCCCUUCUUCUGGCCGUCGAACAUGUGGGAGCCGGAGAACACGGACUACGCGGUGUACCUAUGCAAGCGCACCAUGCAGAACAAGACGCGGCUGGAGCUGGCGGACUACGAGGCCGAGAACCUGGCGCGCCUACAGAAGAUGUUCUCGCGCAAGUGGGAGUUCAUCUUCAUGCAGGCAGAGGCCCAGAGCAAGGUGGACAAGCGGAGAGACAAGCUGGAGCGCAAGGUGCUGGACAGCCAGGAGCGCGCCUUCUGGGACGUGCACCGGCCCGUGCCCGGCUGCGUCAACACCACGGAGAUCAACAUCAAGAAGAUCUGCUCCAACAGCACCAAGCUGAUGACGAUGCCCGCCGCCACGCCCGCCCAGCUCAUCUCGAGGCAGAUCCAGAUGCUGAAGCAGCGCCUGGACCGCCGGAACAUCAAGCUCUCCAAGGUGGCUGAGUCGUACAUCAGCUACUUCGAGCAGUACCAGGAGUACGACCCCUUCCUCACGCCCACGGAGGUUCAAAACCCGUGGUUGUCCGACAGCGCCGAGUUCUGGGACUACGAAAAGCAAGUGAAGGACGUGUCGGCGCGGCGCGUCAAGCGCUGGGCGUUCAGCCUCAAGGAGCUCCUGGCGGACCCCGCGGGCCGGGAGCACUUCGGCAAGUUCCUGGACAAGGAGUUCAGCGGGGAGAACCUCAAGUUCUGGGAGGCGGUGCAGGCCAUGAAGACGCUGCCCCAGGCUGAGGUGGCCGACGAGACCAAGAGGAUGUGGGAGGAGUUCCUGGGCCCGGACGCCGGUAUCCCGAUCAACGUGGACGGCAAGUCGUUCGAGGCCACCAAGAAGAACGUCGAGGAGAACCCCGACCGCUGGGCGUACGACGAGGCAGCGGCCCACGUCUUCCACCUCAUGAAGACCGACAGCUACUCGCGGUACCUCAGGUCCGACAUGUACAAAGACUUCCUGAGCGGGUCCAAGAAAAAGGUACGUAGACGUCGGUGAAGGGCAUCCGCUCCAUCGUUUCGUUUUCCGGGCGCAAGGAGGCCGGCGCCACGUAAAGAAGACCAAGAAGACGAAGAAGACCGCCUGCACCGCCAUCUACUCUGUGGCCGCACCUCUCCGUGCCGGCACAACGUGCUCUGUGGCCGCACAACGUGCUCUGUGGCCGCACAACGGGCUCUGUGGACGCACCAUGUACCCUCCGCCACCCUUACCGAGGCCGUGCCUUGCUGGCCUCGCUGGCGAGGCUGGGGCAGCUGACUUGCGCGGUCCACCUGCGGAUAGUGACGAAAGAGAGGUUGAGAUUACGUUACGUGUGCCAGAUUGAUCUCAAGAAACACCUCUAGCAAACUGUAACUUGUAGCAGACGUUUCUCUGAACGCUCUUGUGGUGUGUUGAGGGCUCAGACGAGAUAGAGAGAGAAAAAUUUGAUCAAAUCCUGUCCUGACGAUGACUUUAGAGGCGAUGCGGACCGGACGGGCACUGCGGUAGUGCGGCGUACCGCUUUUGUGUGUUUUGCGCAUUCGUCCUUUUUCCGCCACCUGGAAUCUUCCCCACCGCACUAUUUCAAGUACAUCGAUUCCAGGAAUGGUCUCAGUGGGGAAUGGCAUCGGACCUGCAUUGUCGGGAAUCAGUUCUAUUAAUUUUUUGAGGAUGGGGAAAGAUAUUUUGCAUUCGUGGAGGAAAUGAAGGGUCGAGAUGCAACUUGUAUUGUACAGCAGCCUCGCAUGGACUCGCACUGUCUCGCGUUACGUGGAAAGGCGGGGACGGUGUCGGUAUUCCCUUUGGCGACCAAACGUCCAAAGUUUAUCUGAAUGAACCGGCCGCCUCUGCGUGGAAUGGAUAUCGGUUUUGUAAUAAAGCAUAAUUUUGGUACAAAAA